UAUGCCUCAAGCAACUCUCAAGUCAUCUUUCGCGAUUUCUAAACUUCUCGCGUCCAACGGUGCUUUGAAUCUCAAUACCACAAUGACCUAUGAACCAACUGUUAGAUAUAAUAUACAGGUAUCCACGUAAAAUGUUUCUUGCCCUAACACCUAAUCGACAAGUUUUGUUGAAUGAGUAAUAAGAAUCCUUGGUCCACCGUCUAACAAGCAAAUUUUUUACAUUUAUCUUAAUUCGCAAUAUAAAUUUUUGAUAGAAUCAUCUCAUCGAGCCUUCUCAUUUUGCAAAAACUUCGUUUAAACCCGAUUGUCUAAUGCGUACAUCACGUGGAAAACAUUUGGGUUUUAUUCUUUAGCGUCCAAACUUUUCCUCAACUCAGUCAGCUAAGUUAAGUCAUUUCUUUUCUUUUCCGUCCUUUUCUUGUCUGUUUUUCGUAUUCCUGACCGAAUGACACUUUCACAUGGAGGGAAGAUAAUGCCGGGAAGCGAGCCAUUUGAUAGAUAGCCAACUUUCAAGUUGGAAAAUUAUAUAUUAAAAAGUAAUUGAGUAGAAUUAUUCAAUCGUUAUAACUGAAAUAUUCCUUGUAUCCUCUUAAAGGAAAAAAAUAAGAAAAGAAAGAAACCCACACUUUCCAAACGGUGCAAUUUUAUCGAAACGAUUCUGUACUGCUUUGUUCUGCACGACUUGCAGACCUACAAAACUUUAUCUCAAUGGCAGCCUCGUCUUGAGUUUGAGAGCGAGAGCAUCAGCCAAUCAGAAAGCUGCGCUCGAAGUUCAAGUCUGCUUUGACUGUUCGCGUGGAAUGCCAUUUUAAUUUUGUUCGCCAUAGCAGGAAUUUUCACCAUUAGUUUGACAAACGGUAGUUGAUUAAAGAGCAAAGCAACUGUUACCCAAGGCAUUAUUGCGAAGAGGAAAGCUAUGCCGUCUAAACUUACAGACUACGAUAUUCUUGGAGAAAUAGGCUCUGGUUCAUACGGAACGUGUAAAAAGAUUCGUCGACGAAGCGAUAAAAAGGUUCUCGUUUGGAAAGAACUUGAUUAUGGCAAAAUGACAGAAGUUGAGAAACAAAUGCUAGUUUCAGAGGUGAACCUUCUUCGAGAGUUGAAACAUCCACACAUUGUACGCUAUUAUGAUAGAAUUCUUGAUCGCUCAACCACAACUAUUUACAUCAUAAUGGAGUUUUGUGAGGGAGGUGACUUAGGAGCUUUAAUAGCAAAACACAGGAAAGAGAAGAGACUUAUAGAAGAAGAGUUUAUAAUUAAAAUCAUGUAUCAGUUGGUUGAGGCUCUUAAAGAAUGCCAUCGCAGAAAGAAUGGUGCACAUGUCCUACAUAGAGAUCUUAAGCCGGCCAAUGUUUUCCUGGAUGGUAAUGAUGAUGUGAAACUAGGAGAUUUUGGAUUAGCAAGAGUACUUCAACACGACACAAGUUUUGCAAGAACAUUUGUAGGGACACCUUACUACAUGUCGCCAGAGCAAGUCAACAAACAAAGUUACAAUGAAAAGUCAGACAUAUGGUCACUUGGAUGUCUGGUUUAUGAACUGUGCGCCUUGUCACCACCCUUUACUGCUCUGAAUCAGAGGAGUCUGGAGGCAAAGAUAAGAGUAGGGAAGUUCCGCCCAAUCCCUGAGCAGUACUCACAAGAGUUGAGUGAAACUGUUAACUCCAUGCUGAGAGUAAAUGAGGAGCGUCGACCAUCCAUAGAUAAACUUCUUUGCAGUCCACUUUUUCAGAGAUUUCACCAAGAAUCAGAACUAGUAAAUGAUGGGAAGAAAGAUGAUUUUGAGUUCUGCAGGAGGUGGGAAAAACAACUGGCUGAGAAGCAAAAAGAGCUGGAAAAGAGGGAGAAAAUGCUUCAAGAUAAAGAAAGAUCUUUGAGUGAAAGAGAAGAAAAAAUAACAAGAGCUGAAACUACCCAGCGGUUUCUAGGCUUGCAAGCAGCAGCACCUCAUAUUCCAAAAAGGCCAUAUUUAUAUGGCAACUUAGCCAUGGAUAAAGAGAAUGAUGUUAUCAAUGUAAAGAGGAAAUUUACUGCUUAUGAUCCUGAAAACAGAGGGAGACUAUUCAAAGAUGCCACAGGGGACCCCUUUGGCUUUGAUCGACAAGUACCCGAGUUAGGAUUCAGGCAUCCUAAUAUUCCAUUUGGAAAUGUUAGAACCACAAGAUUGUUGUCUGAUUACAGGUGAAGAUAUCAUCGCCCAAAAUUCACAUGUUAAACUACUAACUCAGAAACUUGAUAUGUUGGGUAUUAGAAAUUUGAUUAGGUUAUCAUCUAAAGGCAAUCUAUUGGAGCCAACUCAUUCAUGUAAACUGUUAUACAUUUAGACACAUCAUCUUUUCCUACUACCAUGAGGACAACAGUUACUGUGUAGCUAUUCACAAUGUGUCAGAUAAAUAUGUACUAAAUAAUUGUUGUAAGUAAUUCUCAUAUUCUUUACAAUGCUUUUUUUGUUUCUAUUUCUACUGUAAGAUGCAAAUAUUUGUAUAUUUGGAUUAAAUAUUUGUUUUCAAAAUAAAGAUUGAAUGAACUA